AUGCCCAACGAGGAUUCCUACAGCAAGCCCUCGACGUCGUCCGACGGGCACCCUGGGCCCGGGGGCAAGGCCGGGGGCUUCGGGAAGGGCGCAGGUGCCAUGCUAGGGGUGGCCGGAGGCAGCGGCAGCAGCGGCGGCGGGGCCGGGGGCAGCGGCGGCGGCUCGGGCUCCGGCUCGGGCUCGGGCGGCUUAGGGCCGUCGGGGGCAGCGGGGAAGAAGUCCCCGCGCCUGCCCAAGUGCGCGCGAUGCAGGAACCACGGCUACGCGUCCCCCCUGAAGGGGCACAAGCGCUUCUGCAUGUGGCGGGACUGCCAGUGCAAGAAGUGCAACCUGAUCGCCGAGAGGCAGCGGGUCAUGGCGGCCCAGGUGGCAUUGAGAAGACAGCAGGCGCAGGAGGAGGAGCUCGGGAUCAGCCAUCCUAUUCCCUUGCCCAGUGCUGCAGAACUGCUUGUUAAGAGAGAAAAUAAUGGGAGCAGCUCCUGCCUGAUGUCUGAGAACGGCAGCCCAACCCAGUGUCCCCCCCCCCCCCCCCCCCCCGCCUCCAGCCCAUUGGCUAUAUUUCCAGAGGGUCGGAUGGUCAUUCAAGACAUCCCUUCGGUCACCAGCAGAGGGCACCUGGAGAACACAUCUGACCUGGUCUCAGAUUCCACCUAUUAUGGCAGUUUUUACCAGCCCUCUCUCUUUCCAUACUACAACAAUCUGUACAACUACCCCCAGUAUUCAAUGGCCUUGGCUGCUGAUUCCUCUUCUGGGGAAAUGGGGAGCACCCUUGGGGGAUCCCCAGUGAAAAACAGCCUCCGGAGCCUGCCGGCAACUUAUGUGUCUGGCCAAUCAGGAAACCAGUGGCAGAUGAAGAACACCGAGAAUCGUCAUGCCAUGAGUUCCCAGUACAGGAUGCAUUCUUAUUAUCCUGCUACUUCGUACCUGAGCCAGAGUGUGUCGCAGAUCUUUGCUUUUGAAGACAGCCCUUCUUAUUCUGAAGCAAAAGCAAGCGUAUUCUCACCACCGAGCAGUCAAGAUUCUGGCUUAGUUUCACUGUCCAGCAGCUCACCUAUUAGUAAUGAAAGCACAAAAGGUGUUCUGGAGUGUGAGUCUGCAUCGGAGCCUGGCACCUUCACAGUUAAUGCUGUCAUAGAAGAUGAUGAAUAA